CACCAGCAUGGCUCGUUUUACUCUACUUGCGGCGAUAUUCGCUGGGCUAGUGUGUCUGAUCGAUCAUUCCGCCGUCUUAGCCAUGCCGAAUGCAAUUCAGGCGCCUUCCGAUGCAUCGCAAAUACCCAACUUUCCGGGACCUGGUGAUAUUCCAAAGCCUCCCGGAAUGCUACACAGUCGAGUAGCACGUCAAGCACCGCCCGAAAUUCCCGGGCAAGAUCAGUUUCCACCACCACCGCCGCCGCCGCCCCAAAUGUCACAGAUGCCACAGAUGAGAUCCCGUCGAAAUGCAAGGACAUCGAUCGAAAUGGCAAACAUGCUGCCGGCGCUAGAACCCAUAUCGUAUAUUUCGUUGGCUCGUGAAAAACGAGCCGCCAAGGGCACGGGCGGCAAGCUUCCCAGCAAGGCUGGAUAGGGGAAGUAACC